CCUCCUUUUACUACGCGGCUUUAUUUUGAACCAGUGACCACAAAAUUAAGAAAAGUGACAGAGGCGCGUUGAUGAUCAAACCAAGAAAAUUCCUGUUAAUGCUUUCGCUUCCACUCGCCACUUAAAGAGGGAUUUCUAUUGUCUCUCAUUUUUCAUACAAUCACGAUGAAAUUUCCAAUAGACAAUCCGAGGAAACAGGUAAACUGGGACCCCGAACAAGUGGCCGUCCAAACCAACAUGGUGUCUGCCAAGAAGGACGACCCGGGCGCGGUGCAGUCCUCCCUGGUCCACGCCAGCGUGUCGGCCAUGCAGAACCCCAUGGGCUGCAGCGACCUGAAGUUCGGCAGCCACUGCCCCCUGCCGCGGCUGUCCAUCUCCUCGCGCUCGGCCAGCGUGGUGGCUAGCCUAGACGCCACAAGCGUGGACGGUGCGGCACUGCACUACUCGGUCAUGAAGUGGAAGACGGUGGUGGGCGUGUUCGUGGUGGUGCUGGUGUACCUCAUCGGCGGCGGGCUGGUCUUCCAGGCCCUGGAGAGGCCCUUUGAGACCGACCAGAAGGACAGCAUCACGCUCAAGAAGGCCAUGUUCCUGCUCAACCACUCCUGCGUCUCCCCGGCCGAGCUGGAGGACCUGAUCAAGCAUGCCAUCGAGGCGGUGAGUGCGGGGGUGAGCCCCAUCGGAGCCACAUCCCACGACUCCAGCCACUGGGACCUGGGCAGCUCCUUCUUCUUCGCAGGCACCGUCAUCUCCACCAUAGGCUAUGGGAACAUUGCACCCAGCACUGAAGGUGGUAAGAUCUUCUGUAUCUGCUACGCGAUCAUCGGCAUCCCCCUGUUCGGCUUCCUCUUGGCAGGCAUUGGCGAUCAGCUCGGAACCAUCUUUGUCAAAUGCAUCCUCAGGGUGGAAAGGAUGUUCAGGCAGAGACACAGAGAGAUCAGCCAGACGAAGAUCAGAGUGACCUCCACCAUCCUCUUCAUCCUGGCCGGAUGCCUGGUGUUCGUGGCUCUGCCGGCUCUUAUCUUCAAGAGCACGGAGCGCUGGACGGCGCUGGAGGCCAUCUACUUUGUAGUCAUUACCCUGACGACCGUCGGCAUCGGAGACUAUGUGGCAGGUGGGGACCGGGAGAUCGAGUACAGGAAAUGGUACAAGCCAUUGGUGUGGUUUUGGAUCCUGGUGGGAUUGGCCUACUUCGCAGCAGUGCUGAGCAUGAUCGGAGACUGGCUACGGGUGCUCUCCAAGAAGACCAAGGAAGAGGUGGGCGAGAUCAAGGCGCACGCGGCCGAGUGGAAGGCCAACGUGCGGGCUGAGUUCCGGGAGACGCGGCGGCGCCUGAGCGUGGAGAUCCACGACAAGCUGCAGCGGGCGGCCACCAUCCGCAGCAUGGAGCAGCGGCGCCGUCUGGGCCUGGACCAGCGCGCCCACUCCCUGGACAUGCUGUCGCCCGAGAAGCGCGCCGUGCUGGCCAGCCUGGGCGCCGGCGGCGGCCGCUUCAGGGGGGCCACCUCGCAGGAGAGCAUCGGCAUGGACUCGACCAAGCUCAACAACCUGCGGGGGCUGCAGGCGGCCCGGGCCGCGUACGAGGCGGCCAGCAUCGCGGCCUCGGGGGAGGAGGAGGGGAACAGGCGUCCUCCUCAGGCCUCGUCGGAGGAGAACCUUUUCAAUCGCUUCGGGUCGCUCACCAAGUUGGCUAAGCAGCGGAACAGGGUCCGUGAUCGGGAGCGGGAUCGGGAUCGAGAUCUGCGGAGGAACAUUCCAGAAGAAGUGCGCAGAGCCUGCGAGUACCUGGGCGGCAGCAACACCACGCUGGGGGAGAACGAGGUGGAUGAGAGGGAUGAGGAGGAGGAAGAGGAGGAGGAACAGGAGCAGGAGCAGGAGCAGGAGGAGCAAGAUGAGAUGAUGAUGGAGGAGGAGGAGGAGGUGACGCGGGAACAACAGAAACUUGACAAGGAGGAGAACACCACCCUCAACGAUCUCAGCCAGUACCUGCCGGAUAAGCCCAAAUUGGUGCAGAACGGCUUUGUCCCCUGUCAGGCCAAGGAGCGAGAGAUGGACAAAAUGCUGGAGGGCAGAGAGCAUCAGCCAUAAGGGAUGAGAGACUAUAAGAGACUGUGAGCGGUUAAAAAAUGAGAAUAAAACUGUGAAGGCUUUCAGACCAAGGAGGACAAGGAGGACGAGGAGGAGGAGGAGGAAGUCAGACGUGUCAAAAAAAAGAAAAAGAAAAAUGUGCCUUUCUGUUUUUUGUACAUCUUCUUCACAGUGGACUUGACUUGAAGUGACUUGACUGGACACGCAUGAACUUUGUACACGGUCACUUACAGUGCCCGCAUGUCACCAUUUCAGACACUGCACAAUCGAAAAGGUCACCAGACGCUUUGCAGUGACAACGUUGCUGAUCACUUGCUUUGAAAAAAGGGGGAGACUCGGUAGGAGUCCCAGAGUCCCUUGAGAAUGACCUGACGCAGGCAGCCCAUCAAUAACUGACAAGACUAUCAUAAAACGCGGAGGCCAUAUGGAAGAGGACAGCCUAUGCUUUUUAACUGUGUGAUACACAGUUCAGUACUUGCUGAAUGGGCAAGCCAUCAAUAGUCACCUCGAUACAUGUGAAUGCAUCGUGACAUGCUCCGCCAAUAAUGACAACAACAUCAAUCUCAUGUCCUUGUCAUGUUAGGAUGAAAAAAAUGUGUUUACUAUGUAAUGCAUUUGAUCACAUUCAUCUUAGAACUAUACAGCUCUUGGGUUUGUUUGGAAUCUAAGCCAUUUUUUGGAUGUCAGCACAGCAUCGGAGGAAAGAACUGUGGUGAAUUUCACCCAUCAACGCCUAACGGCAAAAUGCAUAUCCAAAUGUUAACUGUUGAAUGAAGCAAGAGAGCAGACUGUGUCACAUCUUUUUUCAAAUCCACUCUCUUAGUGUGUGGAAGGUCAGCAGCUUAUUGGAGUAUUGGAUAAGUGGUUGUUCAAUCUCUGUAAAUAAGAAAAAUAGGGAUUGGCAAAGUUGAUACCAUGUCAAUGGAUGAUUGAAUGCUGCCAUUUUGUGUCUUCCCCCUAAUAGAUAUUUCAAAUAAUCAAUUAAAUAAUUUCGCAGACAUACGUACAUGGAUGGUUUGGGGCAAACAGAAUGACCUGAAUGUUGCCAUCCAGUGUAGCAGCUGAAAUGUUAGUACUUGUGAUAAGAUGAGAACCACUGCCUCCAAUGGGAAGUGAAUAUUAGCAGACAAGACCAAAUACGAGUGUAAACAAUUGAAACACAAAAACACUGCAUGCCGUUUUGGUAAACACUUUUGGGCAUAGAAUUGAUGGACUUUUACUAGAGCUCUCAAGGACUGUUGGAAAGUGCCACACACCCCUGG